GCUUGUCUAUUUUGAGUAAUAAUAUUCGUGUAUUUAUUCUAAAAGAAUUUUUUUUUUGCCAGUGUUCUUAUUAAAAAAAGAAUUUGCAACCAUCAAUUUUAUUUCCAAACUAACUAUAUAAGAGUCAUUUUACAGACCCUAAGGUAUCAGUUAAUUUUCUGAGAAAACAUGAGAAUUCUUAUAGUUAUCGGGUUGGUUUACCUCUCCGUUCUUCUUGUUGCUGGGUCUUCCCACUCCCAUAACAAGAAAAAGCAUCAUAAAAGACAUGAAGACUUUGACCAGGAAGCUGUUGAUAACGAUGAUGCCGGUUUUGUAGUUGAACAACCUGAUGAAAAUCUAGAAGAAUUAGAAGGAUAUGGUAAAAGACAUGGAGGAUAUGGUGGACAUGAUGGAUAUGGUGGUUAUGGCGGGUAUGGUGGAUAUGGCGGAUAUGGUAGACCACCAUAUGGGGGAGGAAGACCACCUUAUGGGGGAGGAAGACCACCUUAUGGGGGAGGAAGACCACCUUAUGGGGGAGGAAGACCACCAUAUUGGGGAGGACCUGGAGGAAGACCGCCGUAUUGUUGCCCUUGCAAUAACACCAACACUAACAACACAGCAUUCUAAAAAGAAAAAUUAACCUUGUGCUCUGGGUUAUUAAUAAUCACUAAAGACGUCUUAUAUUCUACAAUAUCCAAUGUUAAAUAAAAAAGCAUUAUAAAAAAAUA